UUUAGGCCUGUUUUUGCUGACUACAUUGUGUACGAGCAGCACCGUCACGAGUUCAUGAACUGGCCUCUCGCAAGAGCAGCACUUCUUCAUGGUGGCCUCAUAUGGCGGCUGGCUUUACAUAGUCUUGGGUUUGAUGUUCUCCCCUCCGUUCUAGACGGCAUUUCAUGGGAAGCGGUGCCGUUUGGCCUCAUGCUGGACAUUAAUGGCCAGACUUAUUUUGAUGAUGAGCUGUCAGAGGAGGAGGUAGAUUUCAUGUGUGGGACGUAUUAUGCGCAUACCAGUAAGAAUGUUGAAAUUGUCUCCUGGUGGCCUAGGCCCCAGGCCUGGGCUGCCUCAGGACUAAAUGUUGGGUUCUGGUCC